AUGCCCUCGCACAGCAUCUCCGCACAGCAACUGGCGGACAUGCUGCCCACCGGCGUCGCCAUCCUCAACCACCGCGACGAAGCCCUGUUCACCAACCGCCGCUUCCGCGACCUCAUGACCAAGCUCGACCCGCGCUCCUUCGACUGCUGGUCCCAAUCCAUCCAUCCCGACGACUUCGACCGCCUCGCGGAAGCCUACCACGACGCCUCCCGCGCCCAGCAGCCCCUCCGCAUCCAGUACCGCACCCGCGACCAUGACUGUCCCUGGCGCCUGCUCACCCUCACCCCCAUGGGCCCCGACGAGCGCGCCCUCUUCGGCAUCACCACCGCCGGCGGCGCCAUCUGCACCAUCGCCGACAUCACCCAGGAAAAGACCGCCGAGCUCUCCCAGCGCAAAAUCGCCGAGGAAGCGCAGCAGCGCAAGACGCAGCAGGAGCGGUUCAUCGACAUGAUCAGCCACGAGGUGCGGAACCCGCUCUCCGCCAUCCUGCACUGCACCGAGGAUAUCCUCGAAUCGGUGCACCGCACCCGGAAUGGGGAGAGCACGGCUGAGGAGACCCACGCGACCAUCGCGCAAGCAGCCGAGACGAUCGGGCUGUGCAUCGCGCACCAGAAGAAGAUCGUCGACGACGUGCUGACCUUCUCGAAGGUCGACGCGGGGAUGUUGACGCUCACGCCGCGCCGGGUGCAGCCGCGCAGUCAGCUGGCUACCUCGCUGACGAUGUUCCGGCCGGAGCUGCGCAAGGAGAACAUCGAGUUCGAGUAUAAGCUGGAUCAUUCUUAUGAGGAGCAGGGGAUUGACUGGGUGAUGGCCGAUCUGGACCGUAUGAGCCAGGUGCUUAUCAACCUUGUCUCGAACGCGAUCAAGUUCACGGCCAAGUCCGGCGGCGAGAUGAAGGUGCGGGUGUCGAUGGGCGCGUCGACGACGCGGCCCCCGUCGUAUCCGCCAAACGUGGUGUUCUUCAACUCAGAUGCGGCCGCGUUGAGGCUGGACAGGACGCAGCAGGCGGAGUGGGGGACGGGCCGACGGCGCGACGCCGCGCACGGAAAGUAUAUACGGGGCUCGGGGCUGGGGCUGAACGUCAGUCGGCGGCUGUGUCAUCUGCACGGGGGCGAGAUCGGGGUGAGCUCCAAGGAAGGGGAAGGCAGUACGUUUGGUUUCUUCUUUGCCGUCCGGAAAAGCGACGGCGUGGGCGUGGGAGAGCCGUCUACCAGCCCGACGGCUAAGCAGGACCAGACCUGCCGGAACAUCAUGUCGCUGGGCGACGAGAUGACCGACGCGAACCACCAGAUGACCUCGCCUGCCAUCCCGGAGGACCCCGAGGUGACGUAUAUCGAGGAGAUAAACCCCGCCUGCAACAGCGACGGGAGAAAGGACCACACGGCCAAAAUAGCCGAAGAGGCUACCGACACUGAGAGUUCCACUCCACCUACACCAGAGAGACGAGAUAGCCAACACAUCCUCCUCGUCGAAGACAACAUCAUCAACCAGCGCAUCCUCUCCCGGAAACUCCAAGGCCUCGGCUUCAGCGUCACCGAGGCCUGUAACGGCCGCGAGGCGCUGGACGCCGUGAAGAAAGACCACUUUGACUGUAUUCUUAUGGACCAGGUCAUGCCGGUGAUGGACGGGAAUUCGGCCACCAAAGCGAUCCGCGAGCUCGAAAAGGAACGCUCGGCAGAACAUACCCCUGUGCUAGGGGUGACGGCCAACGUCAGAGCAGAGCAGCAGGAGGAAAUGCUGCAGGCCGGCAUGGACGACGUGAUCCAUAAGCCGUAUAAGAUGGAUGAGCUGACUGACAAGAUUGAGCAGCUGGUUUUUAAAGAGUCGGAGUAG